AUGAGCUUUUUCAGAAAGCGGAAUACAAGCCAGGCAGCCUCUACGGCGCCUCCUCCAAAUGUCACCGUAGUCCAACCACCAAGCCAGGCCCUUGCGCAGAUUCGGGAUAACGCAGACCGCUCUACAGCGCUCGGUGGAAGCGCACAGCGCGAUCGCGACCAGAAUACCCAAAACCCAGGCAUGUCGGCACCACCCCAGGCUGCUCCAGCGCCCACAAACCAAGCACCACGCCCAACGUUUCCUUGGUCAACAAAGAGAAUAGCACUUCCUCCCCCGCUGUUACUCGCUCGUCCAGGUGUCCCGCCCGUCACUGCGCCUUCUCCCUCGCCCUUCCCACGUUACGGGCACUCCCUUCCUCCCCAGGCGAGCCAGUCUGGGGAACUCUUCCUUUUUGGAGGACUCGUUCGUGAAUCUGUCCGUAAUGACCUCUACUCGUUUGCGACGCGAGACCUUUCCGCGACCCUGGUACAGACGACCGGAGAAAUCCCCCCAGCGCGAGUGGGGCAUGCAUCUGCUCUCGUCAGCAGCGUUUUAAUCGUCUGGGGUGGAGAUACAAAACAAAAGGACACAGACAAGCAAGAUGAGGGCCUGUAUCUGCUCAAUCUCGGAACCCGCGAAUGGACAAGAGUCGCUACACGCGGACCGGCACCAGCUGGGAGAUAUGGCCACUCUGUCGCAAUGGUCGGCAGUCGUUUCUUUGUUUUCGGUGGUCAGGUGGAUGGAGCAUUCCUCAACGAUCUCUGGUCGUUUGAUUUGAAUACAUGCAAACCAGCCGAUGGAAACGAGCCACCACCACGAAGAACCGGCCACGUGAUGCUUUCGCUGGAUGAUACGAUUUAUAUCUUUGGCGGUACUGAUGGCUCGUAUCAUUACAACGAUACCUGGGCUUUCGACGUCAAUACCCGCACCUGGCAAGAAUUGACAUGCAUUGGAUAUAUACCCGUCCCGCGAGAGGGACAUGCGGCGGCACUCGUCGACGAUGUGAUGUAUGUCUUUGGAGGGCGGGGUGUGGAUGGAAAAGAUUUGAACGACCUUGCCGCGUUCAAAAUUUCGACCAAACGUUGGUUCAUGUUCCAAAAUAUGGGCCCCGCUCCCAGUGGUCGAUCCGGCCAUGCGAUGGCUACCGCUGGUUCACGCGUAUUCGUGCUCGGGGGCGAGUCCUUCACGUCUCCUAAACCGGACGAUCCUAUGAUGAUUCACGUGUUGGAUACUAAGCACAUCAAGUAUCCUGAUCCCAAGAACCCAUCUGGCAACAAAGUUCGCCAACAGAAUCAAGGCUCACAAUCCGGAAUCCCGGUCAAUGGCCUCAAUCGAGCAGUAUCACCGCCUGUCAGCUCCGACACAGAGGAUGGGAGACGGGGAAUGUCACCAGUUGGCGGCUCACGGAUCAACAAUGGAAUGCAAAUGCAGAUGCAACCAUUUCCCAACCCUGCUGCUGCGAAUCCUUCUUCCAAGCGACCGCCCACUCGACCGCCGCGGGACGAAAUAGGCGCAAACGACCUAGCAGAGGUGCGAAUCGGUACCAGCGACGCUGAAGGUCAAGACCCACGUCUCAAAAAGCAGAACCCCGACAAUGUAAACAGAUCCAAGAGCCCGACUCAACAAUUCGGUCGAUCAAUGUCGCCAACUGGGCCAAACUCGAUGGGAAUUGGUCGAAACGCCAAUACGGCUAGAAGUCCAUCGCCUGUGGUACCAUCAGAUGCCUUUACGAAGCCAGGGCAAAUGAACGGUUAUGGAUCGGACCGGGGCUCGCCUGCGGUAGGAAGGCCUGGUUCUACUUCCAAUAUCGCUGCCGAUCUGGUCCAGAACCUGCGACAAAUGGAAACCGACCUUCGUCAGAGAGAUGCAGAGUUGGAGACUCUUCGGAAGCGAGAAACAUGGAUGCGCGCUGCUCUCUCCAAGGCGAGCAAGGCUGGGUUUUCGUGGAGUGACAUUCCUGUGGACGACGAUGAUGAUAGAACUCACGAGCCUGAAACGAGCGACGCCAGAAAGCUCGUCGACUUGGCAUUCAGAUUGAAGCAGGAAAGGGCGACACUUCAGGCAUCUAUGGCUGAUCAAGGCCGGAUGGCAACCGAACGCAUUGCCGAGCUUGAGCGUGUUCGAGCCGCCGCGCUCCAAGAGGCGGCAUUCUGGCGUGCAAAACUCGCCGCCUAUGAAGCCGGCAAGCCCGAAGAGGCGACUCGGAUGGAAAAUGAACGCGCAAUGGAACUCGAAAAGCAAGUUUCGCGCGCAUUGAAUGAUCGCGUUGCACUGGAGAAAAAGGUGGCUCAGCUCAAUGAAUCGCUUCUUACAGAAGGAAGGCUUCGAGAACAAGCGGAGGAGCGGGUCAAUGACCUCAACUAUCGCGCGCAGCAAGCCGAAGCGGCCCUGCAUCGUACCACGACCGAACAUGGAGACUUGCUUGCCAAGCACACUGCUGCCUCCGCCGAACUCCGCUCCAUGACAGAAAAGAUUUUGUCACUGCAAUCCACUCAGCAGGGUCGCGAAGGCGAGCCGACAUCAAACGCCGAACUUCUUGAGCUCCGAGCUUCUCGAGAUCGCCAUCUGCGUGCCUUGGAGCAAGCGCAGACGGCGCUCAAGGCAGCUUCGGCACGCGCGGACGAAGUCGAAGAACAGUGGAGACGCAGCAACGAGCAGCUUCAAACCAUUCAAUUGGAGUAUGCCGACCUCAGCCGUGAUUUGGAGACAAAGAUUACAGAAGUGGACAACAUGAGGGCACAGCUCUUGGACGUCGAAAACAAGUUUGCCAAGUCGCGCGAAGAGGCAGACGCGUUGCGUGCUUUGACCACAGGCUCCCUCGGCGAGCUACUCGACUAUCAUCGUGAUCUUCGUGCUGGAGAGGAGAGGAAUGAGCGCGAGCAAUCGGAACAAGUCAGGAUACUCCAGACGGAGAUGGAGUCCCUUCGCAAAAUGCUUCAUGGCGCCAACAGUCGUUAUGAAGAGGCACAGAACGAGCUAGGAAAGGAGCGCCUGCGUGCGCGAACUAUUGAAACCGAUCAGCUUGCUUUGCGUUCUCAAAUGACGGGUCUUCGAGCACAACUCUCCAACGCUCUAGCAGACGUUGCUCGUGCGCGGAAAGAGCUGUCGGAGAAAGAGUCCGAGCUGCGCGAAAGCUCAAAGGCUGCGAUGGAUACCGAGAUUCGCUUCAAAAUGUUCCGCAACUACCUCGAGGAGAAUGGUGUGGUCGUCAAUGAGGAUGAAAUCUCCGGGAAUAGCGGUAACGGGUCUAAAAUGCUCGAGCUCGAAACGCAGCUUGCGGAACGAUCACGGGAGCAAGACGCACUGACUCGUCAACUUCGAAACGCUCGAGAGCAAUCGCAACUCGCAGAAGAAAAGGUUGCUGCUCUACAAGCAGAGUUAGCUCGCGCCAAGGAGCGACAGAGUUCGGACGGUACGGGCGACGCAAGGGUUGUCGAUGCCGAGCGCCGAUUGGCAGAGGCUGAGAGUGCGCAUCGCGACCGUUUGCAUGUGCUGGAGAACGACUACAGAGCGGCCGUCGACUGUGUCAAGGCGACCGAGAGUAUGCUCAGAAAGAUGAAGCACGAGCUUUCGAAGCAAAAGGGCCUCAAUGCCAGCCUUCAAUCCGAGUUGGAAGGAGUCAGGUCGGGCUCGGAAGCCGGAUCCAGAGUUCGACCUCUCAACGGAAGAGUCACGCCCAUGUCUGACGAUGGUCAAGAAUCCGCCCUCCGCGCUCAACUCGUUGAGGCGCAACGUCAGACUCAACGCCUUACUGUUGAAAACCAAGAGCUUCACAGGAGGAUUGAACUCCUCCAAGGCGAUUUGGAGAGAUUACGACAAGAACUUGACAACGUUCGACAUGACUCUGGCCACUCGAGAGGAGUUGGGUCAACGUCCGACCAGCUGCACCGCGAAAACGAGUCGCUCCGACACCAGAAUGAGCAACUCCAUCAGCGGAUAGCCCUCCUUCUUGACGUCAAAGAAGAUCCCAACUCUAUGAGCUCCAACCUUCGAGCCAGCGACUCCAGCCUGAGUCCUGACGCCAGUAUGGACGAUUGGAACCGCCAAUACGGCGGAAACUCCUUUGGCGUGCAGCGUAUCCAUGAUUAUGAGCACGACAGAAGAUGA